AUGAAGCCCAAAUAACUAUGACUGAAAAAGAGGUGCAAACUUUGAAUAUGAAACCCAGAGCCUCACAUAACAAUGAUAAAAGUUCCUAGUUAUCAAUUGAAAUUAUUUUAUAUUUAUCAGUAGACUAUUAUUUGCCACAUGAAUUCUUUCAUAUAUGGCUGAGAUCUUUUAAAAUUAUUUUAUUGAUUAAUUUGCAUGUCACUUCAUCUUCUUUCCCUCAUUAUCAUGUGGAAAUAAAUUACAUUAAACGUGUCCACAAGUCUAGGAAGGCUAAUAAAAAAACAAGUCAAAGAGUAACAACAAGCCUCUUCGGCUGUCAAUGUGAGAUGUCUCUACAGUGAAAAGAAAAACAUCCCAGAAAUCAAACUAUACUAUUAAAUAAGACAGAAAAAAUGUGCUCUAUGGUAGACUCACAAGUCUGUAGUUGUUUUAUUAACCUGUAUCCUGCAAGUAGGCCCUCAUGGUAUAUCUUUGCCCACAAAGUAAGCUAUUCAAGGCCUUGAGAAAAGGCAGAUUAGGAGAGAUCUACAAGGGAUCUGGCACUAAUAGUGGAAUUCAGAAAAUUUGUAAGGGGGUUGAGCUUUUCGCUUCAUCUCGACGAGAAUUAACGUUUUACUCUACUGCUGCCACUUGAGUAUUAAAACAGUAAUAAAACGUGAUCAUAUUCAAGUAUAGUGUACUCUGCUGAUCUUACCUUGACAGGACAUUUGAAGGUUAGAUACACAACGUGAUACAUCGAUUGAAAAUGGCGGAAGUAUGGCUGGGUUUAUGAAUAUUGUACUAAAAUUCCUUGUCGAUCAUUUGGACAAGGUCGGGCUAAUUUAUAAGAGAGAUAUUGGAUCUUUCUUAAGCUACAAGGUUGGUAAAGGUCACAAAACAACACUGCCUCCAUCAAAGUCUCAUGUUACGAUAAAUCCGCAAUUUCUCGAGGGCAAGAGAGUUCUGUUCGUCGGGGAUGUCCAUGGCUGUUUUGACGAACUGCAAGAGCUGUACAAUGAAUGUACAGAUCCCAGCAAGGAAACUCUGUUAAUUUUCGUGGGUGAUCUCGUGUUUAAAGGACCUAAGACUCUAGAAGUUAUACGUUUUGUUAGAGAGACAGGCUCGUUUUCCGUCAGAGGGAAUCAUGAACAAUCUAUUUUAACCGAAAUCCUUCACAAAAGAAGAAACGAACCUGUGCGAGAGAAACGCAAGUUUGUGUACGAUUUGACUCAAGAGGACGAAGAUUUCUUGCAAAAUCUACCUUUCACGAUAAGUGUACCUUCAUUCAAUGUCCUAGUGGUUCAUGGCGGACUGCUGCCGGGAAUACCUGUACAACAACAAGAUCCUUUGGGUAUGAUGUUCAUCAGAAACUACAUUCCAGAGAAGUUCCAAGGAACAGCAGGAAUUGAGGAAGGCUUGCCAUGGGCGUCAACGUGGAGUGGUCCUCAGCAUGUAGUAUUUGGACACGAUGCUCGCCGAGGUGUGCAGCAAUACAAGUAUGCGACUGGGAUUGACUCUGGAUGUGUGUAUGGGAAUUAUCUGACUGGCAUCUUAAUAGAAGACGGUAUCUGGGCUAAUAGGAAAUUGGUACAAGUCAAAGCAAAGAAAAAAUACACUCUAAAAGAGAGUUGACUUUUGUCGAGCUAUACUAUUGAGAUGUAGAAUAUGACUUUCUUUUUUCAAGCAGACCAGUGGACCUAAGUACUCAAAAGAGAGACAUGAUAAGGUUUUACAACAACAAUUAAAAUUUUACCCAAUCACUAAUUAAGAUUCACAUGUUAAUGCAAGAGUUUGAAAAGUCUUCUAACCUGUGGUUGGUAGAGAAAGCAUAAUUUUGAUGAGUGAGCGCUCAGUAUUUUCCUGGUACAAAUCAUAACUGCCAUCCUUGAUUUUUUAACAGCAGGGGAAGGCUAGGAAUGGAAAGAAUCCUAUACCAAGGGAGUGAGAGACAGUCAAAAGGAGGGGGAGGGGGUGAGGCAAUAGAAAUCUUCUCACCUUCCCUUCCCCUUCCCUUGAUGUGCAAUAUCCUAAUAAAUCUCCAUAUUUAGCUCUAACCAAGUUCAAUCAU